GCUGCUGAGGAGGAGCGGCGGCGGCAGUGUUUGCGCUCCGCCAGGCCGGAGGAAGAGACUGGGGUCCGGACGACGGCCGGGAAAAAGCGAGAAGGCCCUGUAGUAGCGGCGGCAGCAGCAGCAGCAUCCCUCUUCCUUGUUCACGCGGUCAUCUUCUCUCGCUCUCUCGCCCUUUUUGCAACACAGCCGCAGAGCCCUCCUCCCGCUGGUGCGAUCCCGCGCAGACCCAGCCCGCUCUCCUGGUCAGGCCUUCGCCACAGCUUCUGCCGCUUUCGUCCCCUUCUGCGCGCCGCUGCGCCGGCGGUCCUCGUUCCUUCUCUCCCCGCUUCCUCGCCGGGCCUCCCGGGGAGGAAGCGGGUCAUGGGCUGCGGCAGAGGAGGAGGAGCCGACGCCGGGCAGGCCGCGCCGACCUUACUCGCAGCAGCUGCGGCAGCACAACCACCGAUGCCUGGGCGCCGCUAGCCCGGCCCCAGCGAGGAGAGAAGGAGGGCGAGGAAGAGAGAUUCACCGGCCGUCGCUGUUGGGGGAAAAUUGGGUUGAGGUCUCCCUGAAGCCCUCCUGGUGUGCUUUUCCCUAAAGCAACUUCAGCAGCGGGAGGAAGAGGAAAGAAAACAAACACAAAAGGGGAGGUGGGAUUGAGGCCACCAUGGCCCAUUCCCCAGUAGCAGUGCAGGUGCCUGGCAUGCAGAACCACAGAGCAGACCCUGAGGAACUCUUCACAAAACUAGAGCGUAUUGGAAAAGGCUCGUUUGGAGAGGUUUUUAAAGGCAUUGAUAAUCGGACACAGCAAGUGGUUGCUAUUAAAAUCAUAGACCUUGAGGAGGCAGAAGAUGAAAUAGAGGACAUUCAGCAGGAGAUAACUGUGCUAAGUCAAUGUGACAGUCCUUAUGUAACAAAAUACUAUGGAUCCUAUUUAAAGGGCACAAAAUUAUGGAUAAUAAUGGAAUACUUAGGUGGAGGAUCAGCACUGGAUCUUCUAAGGGCUGGUCCAUUUGACGAGUUCCAGAUUGCUACAAUGUUGAAGGAAAUCUUGAAAGGUCUUGACUAUUUACAUUCAGAGAAGAAAAUCCACAGAGAUAUUAAAGCUGCCAACGUGUUGUUGUCGGAGCAAGGGGAUGUCAAGCUUGCAGAUUUUGGGGUUGCUGGGCAACUUACCGAUACACAGAUUAAGAGGAAUACUUUUGUAGGCACACCAUUUUGGAUGGCCCCUGAAGUCAUUCAGCAGUCGGCCUAUGACUCAAAAGCUGAUAUUUGGUCUUUGGGAAUCACAGCAAUUGAACUAGCCAAAGGAGAACCACCCAACUCAGACAUGCAUCCAAUGCGAGUUCUGUUUCUCAUUCCCAAAAACAAUCCUCCAACUCUAAUAGGAGAGUUCAGCAAACCCUUUAAAGAAUUUAUUGAUGCGUGUCUAAAUAAGGACCCAACGUUCCGUCCAACGGCAAAAGAACUCCUAAAGCACAAAUUCAUUCUGAAAAAUGCCAAGAAGACCUCUUACCUGACAGAGCUUAUUGAUAGGUUCAAGAGAUGGAAAGCAGAAGGACACAGCAGUGAUGAAACAGAUUCUGAUGGUUCUGAUUCGGAGUCUAGCAACAAGGAGAAUAAUUCUCACCCAGAGUGGAGUUUUACUACAGUUCGGAAGAAACCAGAUGCCAAGAAACUGCAGAAUGGAACAGACCAAGAUCUUAUGAAAACCCUGAGCUGUUUAACAAUGAUAAUCACACCUGUAUUUGCUGAGCUUAAACAGCAAGACACCAAUAAUGCUAACAAAAAGAAGGCAAUUGAAGAACUUGAAAAAAGCAUCAAUAUAGCAGAAGCUGCAUGUCCGGGGAUCACAGAUAAGAUGGUGAAGAAACUUAUGGAGAAAUUUCAGAAGUUUUCUGUUAAUGACUCCUCCUAAGAAACUUUUUCACUGAUGGCUGUUCUACAUGGACCCAGUAUAGCCCACCAAAACCUAUAAGCUUGGCAAUGCUUUGCUCAUGAGCUCCUUGUGCCUUUUUGGAUCAUUGCAACAUAUAUAAUGAUCGGGGAUUUGAAAGGACUUACCUCCACUCUUUUGUGAUGGGUAUACCUGCUUUUUUUGUAUUUCCAGGACAUUCUUUUUGUAAAGAGCAACUUUUAAUAUUGUAGUUUUCACCUGUUUAAACCAAUUUUAAAAAAAUGGUGAGGUGCAGUUUUUGCUUCUAGAUCUAACCAGGGGCUACCAGUUGCCAAUCUCAGUGUGCAGAAUCUUGGGUGUACCUGUUGCUCCAGAUGUCAGUGGACUGCACCCCUUUUACUUGAGUUCAUAGGAAGUAUACAUGCAGCAACAUUUCGUUACUCUCCAAAGAAGGGGAUUUACCAGUCUUACUAUUACUAUUAUUAUUUGGAAUAUGUACGUUAUAGUUUUUUCUGAAUCACUAAAAUUAGACUUUAAGAAGUAGCUUUUCACAAAAAUAUACAUGAAAGAACCUUAGCCUGUAGGAUGUUGCUCUAGCACCUGCUUGAACACUGUAGUCUGUCUUUAGGCCCCUGUAAAUGUAAUAAACCUGCGACAAUAUAAACUAUUUGAAACCUGGUACAGUAUUUUAGGCAGCUCUUUGAUCACCUACAUUUGAGAGCAAUAUGUCAAUAGCUUUGCAAGUUCACAUGGUAGCGACUGGUAUAGCUUAGUGUACAGUUUGUAUGUGAGUAUCUUUUAGGGCAGGGUCUCAAGUCAUUCAUCAUGGUAGGAAAUUUUAAAGCAAUACAGUUGAAGGGCAGGAGGGCUUCUGGCAAUAAUGGGCGCAAAUAGAAAUCUGGUUUAAUGGAAUUAUUUCUUCCUUUUUGAAUAAUUUUUUUUAAAGCUGUUCAUUCUAUGUUUGGGGUCGGGGAACAGGGAGGAUGCCAUGGCAUGCGAUAAGUACCUCAGAAGCAGGUAUAAAAUACGUGACACCAGCGUUUUGUGUGGCAGUGUUUUUCUGUAAAAUAUUUAUAACACAUUCUUAAAGUAUGUUAUAUACAGUGCAUCCACCAUGAUAUGUUUAAUUUCCCCAAGUGUAUUUUAAAUAUGUAUUUACCAAUAUGCAAAUAACUGAGUUAUAGAUAUUCUUUCACAAGAAGAUAGUAUUGUGCAGUAUAGAGUGAUUUUUUUCAUAAAAGGUAAAUGAAAUUAUAAACUUGCUUUCAGUUAUAUAUUUAUGGUACUGUUUAGAUGGGUAAUACCCCUUUCUUUCUUUCUUUCCCCUUCCUUUCAACCCAGUUUGUAUAUUAUGCUGAAGUUUGAAGUGGGGUUGUAUUUCAGUCCUUAACUGUUGAACUGUUGGUGUAAAUUUAUUUUUGAUAAAAAGGCUGGAUGUGUUUAAUUUUAUGGUUUGGAUCUGCACAUUUUUGUUUUUGCACAAAAAUCAUUUUAAAGGAUUUGAAAAAUAUCUGCCAAAUAUUGAAAUGGUGUGCAACAAAUAAUGCUUUUUUUUUUUAGUUAAAAGUUGCCAUUGCAUCCUUUUAAAAAAAGAUAUAAAGACACUGGCGAGAGAUGGUGGUUAGAAAUGCCAAGGGCAAUUACUUUCAAUGGUGCCUACACUGUAAAAAAUAAUAAAAAUUACUUUUAACUCCUUUGUUUUAAUUUUAAAGAAACGUUUGUUAAAAAUAAAUCUUUCAUCUGCUAUAUAACUGAAACACAAUUAGAAUUUAUAUCUGAGGAAAAAAAGUCUGGACAUAGUUUUUGAAAAUGAUAAUGUUAUGGAUUAAAUAAAAAUAUUUUUAUAAAUGUAAAA